AUGGAGGAUAGAAAACCAACUUCAAUAUUCACUGACCAGGACCAAGCAAUGGCAAAUGCUAUACUGGAGGUGAUUCCUAAUACAAGACAUAGACUUUGUAUAUGGCAUUUGGAGCAAAAUGCCAUAACCAGAUUUGGAGCUCUUAAAAAAGACAAAGAAUUCAAAUUUGCAUUCAACCAGUGCUUAAAGAUGUGUGUGACAGAACAAGAAUUCGAAGCAAAGUGGCAAGCAAUGUUGCAAAAAUAUGAGUUGACAGAACACUCUUGGUACAAAAGAGUGUAUGAGUUGAAAGACAAAUGGUGUCCUGCCCUUUGUAGAGAUUUCUUUUCAGCAGGGAUCUUAUCGUCACAAAGGAGUGAAAGCACUAAUCAUGCCAUAGGAUUCAGAGCAAGUAAAGCAACUACUUUGACAGAAUUUUAUACCAUAUUUAAGAAGACAACUAAUCGUUGGAGAAGCACAGAGAAAUAUGAUGAGUUUACCUGUAGCAAGUCAAUAGCAUUCACUUCAUUGCCUCUAUCUGGAAUGCUAAAGCAUGCUGCACAGGUUUUCACUUUAUCACUCUUUAGAAAUUUUGAAGAGGAGUUUGGAUACUCUAUGGCAACAACUGUUCAGAUGUUAGGCAGUAAUGAAGAAUGCCUACUUUAUCAAGUAACACUAGAAGACAAGCCAUGGUAUGCACAUCAAGUAAACUAUAUACAAGAGAGCCAAACUGUAUGGUGUACUUGCAAAAACUUUGAAGCAUCUGGAUGGUUAUGUUAUCAUUGCAUCAGAAUUCUACAUUUGCAUUCAAUAACAAGAAUACCAGACAAGUAUGUUUCAAAAAGAUGGACUAAGUUUGCAAAAACAGAGGCAUGGGAUAGGUUGAAGAAUCAGGAUCCUAAACAGCAAUAUAUUCCAUGGAGGCAAACAAUGAUGAGGAAAUACUACAAUCUAAUCUUAAAAAGUCAAGAAAAUGAAGAGACAAGAGCAUUUAUGGAAGAAAGCUUCAGAAACAGUCUUAAAAUGGUGGAAGACUUACUUGCUAGUGCUGCUCAGAAAGAAAGUGCAGAAGCUGCUUCUAACAUUCCUGAUGUGGCAGACAACACUCAAAGCAAUACUGACGCUUCUUCAGCAUCGAGUACAAGCACAUGUGUACCAAUAAUUCUUGAUUCUAAAAGGGUUGUAGCAAAAGGAAGAAGCAAGAGAGCAAAAGGAGGACUUGAAAAAAGCAAGAGAAAAAGAAAACCAGCACUGCCACCUCCAAAUUCAGAAUUUGGAUCAAAGACACCUAACUUACGACUCUUUUAA